AUGAUGCAACAACAAACAGUGUUAGUUAACGAACUCACAACAACAGAAAGAAGCGAGCUGAUUCUAGAAGAGGAAGAGAAAUUCAGCACCGAAUGGGACACGAUCUACAAAUCUACAAAAGGAUUUAUUAUAAACGAGUUUCCGCGCCUAAUUCUCUACACCGUAGGCCUUUUCUUCAUUGGCCUCCACAUGAAGUCUUUAUACAACGAUCCAUACAGACUGUACUUUGAGAGAACAGAAAAGAACGCCUUCUUGUUCAGAAAGGGGAUAGUCACCGGUGUUUUCAUUCUUCUGGCAUCGUAUGUUGUGUUUUUCAUGCACUCAAUCACAAAAAAGCUCGUUGACCUGAAAACAAAAAAAGAUAAGACAGUGGCGCUGAUAAACAGAGUGGCGCUGAGCCUGGUUGGUGUUCUAAUAUACGGAGGACUCGGAUUUUUAUACGUGAGACUGAUGGAGCACAAAUACAUAGGCUGUCUGAUGUCCUUUAUCUAUUUUACAACUUUCUGUAUUGUUCUACAGUCAAUCUGCAGCAUUGCAACGAGUAUAUACAGAAGAAUAACUGGAAUAAAGAGCAUUCCAACAAAGGGAGAGAAGGCAAUAGGAGACCCAGACAGCAACUUUUUCUUCUUGGUGUACUCUCUCUUUGUAGGCUCCAUAAUGUUGCUUUUCUUCACAGUCUCUACAAUUCUGUGCGGAGACAUUGUGUACUACAUAGUAAAAGACUUAAACGGGCACCCGGUCCCCCACACCAUUAUAAACGGAAGGUAUCUUCUGCUAGGCGAUGUAAAUGUGUCUUAA